AUGCAAACGCCGCUUCAUCUGCUGCUCCUGCUCAUCCCUUGUGGAGGCAAGUCCAUGCUUGGAUGCUCAAGUGGUCCCAACUUCAAAAUCGAGAGCAAAGUCGUUGGUGAACAGGUCUUUCUGAACUGUGCCUGGGACAAUCUCAAUUCCAAGGAUGUUUUUUGGAUGCGACUUGCUUCUGGAGCUUUCCCUGAAUUUUUAACACCAAGCAGUACAAAUCUCAUCGAAAUCAAACGAGGGGAAAGUCAGUGCCUUCUGCAUAUUACCAAAGUCCAGAAAAGUGACAUGGCAGUUUACUACUGUCUCCACUGGAAACCUUUGAUUAAUCCUUUGAUAUUUUUGCAAGGAGUAUUUCUUCAGGUCAGAGAAUCCCAUGAAGAAAAAUCCUCUGUUUAUUCUGUCACUCAAGACAUGCGGUCUGAAGUGGGUCGACCAGGACCGAACGUUACCUUACAGUGCUUGGUCUUCUCCCGAUCUGGAGAUGAAACCUGCACAGAUAAACACAAAGUUUACUGGGUCAGAGCUGGAACAAAAGAUGCAAAACCCAGAUUCGUCUCAGCUCAUGAAGAAUGCGGAAAAGUUGGAAAUGGCAAGAUGCAGAAUUGUGUUUACACAAAUAACCUCCCCUCCUCCGAUGCUGGAACUUACAUAUGUGCAGUGGAAACUUGUGGGGAGAUUUUCAUGGGAAAUGCAACAACAAUCAUCAGUGAAGAAACAGCAAGAGAGGGGUUACCAGCUCUUGUGGUUUUGUCUGCUAUGUUGACCCUAUGUCUGCUAAUCAUCGCCUUUCUGAUAAGUAUCAUUUUGGGAAAAAACUCAGCUUCAGUGUCAGUUCAAAGCAAGGACUUUGCCGAUUUUCCAGGACAUCUGUAAUUUAAUACGGAAGACUCUCAUCUUAACUCGACUGUGAUCUUCACAAUAGUGGAAAGCAAAACAAAGGCAGCAGAAAGACUGAGGGUUUGCUCACGACCUACAUAAGACACGCAAAUGUACUGAAAGUGGGAUGACCAGCAGGCUAACCCCCAAAUUUCAUAUACUCCGUGUCCGCUCGGCAUCGCUCCCUUCCGAACGAGGAAAUAAAUUUGGUUUCUAUUUUAAUCUAACGAGGUGGUCCACAUUAUGCGCUCAACUCCAAUCUGGAUCCGGAGUGAGUCCUCUCCGGUCCUUCAGACUAAAAAUACGGAUUAGGUCUAUUUUCUGGUCCGUCAACCUACAGCCUGAUCAAGUCCUCCCGUUUAGCACGCACCAAACAGGAAAUAAAACGUGCUCUCCUCCGUUUUGUGCAUCCGUCCGUGGAGGUAUGAGCCAGAUGAGUGGGCAUUGGGCAAUGCAGCUCUCAACUGAUCGAAGCUGAGCUGUGGCAGACACUGUGGGAUUUUGGGUUAACGCUGGUAAGCAACAGGAUAUUGGUCUCAUUUACUAUUUUUUUGUCGCAGAAAAAUAACUGUUCUCUACAGUAGUUGGAGCAGAAAGAAACAUGUUUGCUGGUGAAAUGAUUGUUUGAAAAACCAUUAAGACUUUUUUAAGCUGCAAUCAUUGUAUUUGUUUUGCUUUGCUAAUAAAAAGGUUU